AUGACAGUCGACACCAACGACCAGAUCUUUGCACAGGACGCCGCAUUCUGGCAAAACUACAGUAAAGGCCGUCCGCAGCCUCCACCCAGCUUCUUCCAGCGCAUCUACGACUACCACCGGCAACAGAACGGCCGCUUUGCUGUUGUGCACGACGUGGGUGCUGGAAACGGAGUCUACUCACGCGUGCUCCGGUCACAUUUCCAACACGUUAUUGUGUCGGACGUGGUGCCCGACAACGUGCACCAGGCCGAGAAGAGGCUGGGCACGGAUGGAUACAGCUACCGCGUGGGCAAAAUGGAGGAUAUCAAGGAUCUUGCGCCCGGAUCUGUGGAUCUGGUCCUGGCCCUGAACGCCAUCCACUGGGCCGACCAGACCGCCGCCAUGGAGACCAUUGCGGCCCAACUUACGCCCGGGGGUACCUUUGCUGCUGCGACGUUUGGGGCGGCGCGGUUCAGGGAUGCUCGCGUACAGAAAGUGUGGGAGCAGAUCAGCGUGGAGGGAGGCCGGCUUCUGCUGAAGACGGCCGAGAACCCCGGGGAUACGAUCAAUGUCAUGGCGCGCAGCCAAGAUCGCUACAAUGUGGCUCCCUUGGACGAGCAACUGUUUCAGCCUGGAGCCCGACGUAUCUUCCUGAACAUGCAGGGUGGGGGGUUGACGGGCAUUUUGCCGCCCGAGAAUCGGGAGGAUGUCACGGAUCCAGACUUCACGGGGCUGAAUGAUGUCGUGGUGGACGAACGAGACGAGGGUUGGAGGUUUGAGUUGGAUCUGCAGGGUUUCGAAGAGCAUUUUCGGUCGUUUCCCCAUGCUUCUCGAGACCCCGAGGCUUUUGCACCACUGUGGAAGGAGGUGGAGGACCUCGUUCGUAGUGGGAGUCGGCUGGAUGGAUACUGGCCGGUUGCCAUUAUUCUGGCGACUCGGAGAGUCGAAACAUGA